CUUUAAAAGAUUGCCGUCGGACCCUGUUUGUGAUUAGUGUACAGGGGAGUAUUCAAGUAUAUAAGUAGCAACAAAUGGUCACAGAUUGGUGAAAAGUCGUCAAAGAACAAAGUGACAAGUGUUUUGUGGUUCACUGCUGGUAUAGAUAAAGUGUUAACCAAGGAAGACUUCAGCUGCUGAUAUUCAAAAUGGGAAAACAUUCUGUUUCAAUAAUGACAACCUACGUAUUAUUUGCCAUUUGUCUUCUUAUUCAUAAAACAUCUGCUGUUGAGAACACUGAAAUAGACUCAGAAAAUAUCAAUGAUCGUGAUCAAGAGUUAUCAACAUACAUUCUAGAGAAACAAAUGUACAAUCUACUAAAAGACAAUCAACGUCUUCUACAAUAUAUUGCUUUACAUGAACCAGAUCACACCGAAAAUCCAAGAUUCAAGAGACAAAGUGUUGCCGGACUAGACAACUUGGACCUGAUGACAAAAAUGUUAGGAAAGACAAUGGUGACAGGUACCAGUUUGUCAGACAUGCAAAAACUGAUGUUGAAAAUGGGACGAAGAAGAUAGGAUAGUUUGGACAUCAGACUUAAAAUCUUCCUUUGAAAUUGUGAUAAUAAAUGUUGAUGUAAAAAUGGCAGAUGUCCCAAGCUUAAUGCCCUACAACAAAGCCGGAUCCUGACAUUGUUUAUAGCUUUAUGAAACUAACAUUGCUAGAUGAAUAGAAGAUGUGGCAUUAACGAAGUUUACACCAAACAUUGACAUUUAAACAAAACAUAACAUAACUGUGAAAAAUAUCAUAUAUUAAGAAUGAAGUUUGGAAAUAAAAUCUAAUUAAUAUAUAUAAAAUAAAAUGAACUUG